AUGUCGGUGUUGGAGAAUACAGUUUCGGCUCAACUGGUGCAGCAGGAAGGUGAAGCAGUCACUUUUUGUAGGGAGGGCUCUGGAUUUUCAUAUGGUCUUAAUUGGGCUCUAGCUGUCAAAGGUGUAAUUGUCAAAGAUAAAGCAUUUAAAAACUUGAACUCUUCUCAACUACACCAGAAAGGUGCAACCAUUUCAGAAUCUUUGUCAGGACUUCCAGUUCAUAUUAGAGGAAAUGUCCUUGGAGGAACUUCUGAAAUUUCAAAGCAGCAAUUUGGUAAACUGCUAAAACAGGUCACAACACACCUAUCAUCUGUCUCAGAUGUUUAUGUCCAUGAUGGGGCUAUUGGUUCAUCAUCAAAAUGUGGCACAAAAGUUCGUGUAAUAAGUGACAGUCCUUCUGCCAUAUUGAGUUUAUCCAAUAUUCUCUGGGAAGUUCCCUCUCGUGCCAUUUCCCAUGAUUCUUGUCCGUUGACAGUUUAUGUUGCUACAUCAGUAAGUCAAGGUGCAGUGGAUGCUGUUGGUCUGGGGGCUCAAGCAAACAAGGGAGUUAUAGCUGCUGAUAUUGAACGUUUUUCACUUGUUUUAUGCGGUAAAGCUUUUUCAGAUAUUAAUGCAACUAAAGAGGCUCUAACUACCUUGUCUGAACCUGUCAUAUUUGCACUGGGAGAUCUUCCAUUACCUGCAUGGCUUCUAGUGUCUGGUGACUCUGUGAUUCUAUUAUUUGCACCUGAGGAUGCCAUUCAGAGCUGCGUAGAUCAGUUGGCUUCUUUGGACGCAGGUGUUGUUCUUUCUUCACAGGAUGCUGCACCAUAUUUUCGAACUAAAAAAUCUGCUGGUGCUAGUCUUUUCAAAUUCCCAGCAGCUGUUGUCCUUGCAACUUCUGACAGCUCUGGGACCAUUCCUUCUAUAUCAAAGCUCUCGCCUGGACAGGCAGCGUAUCACUUGCUGGCUGGCUAUCAAAAUGGGAAAUUUGUGCCUGUUUACAGCAGAAGUCCUUCACCUGUUAAUGCAUUAGAACUUGCAAAGGCUUUUCUGUCCAAGGUCAAACAUGAAAAAACACAAUCAUUUACUUUGAAGGACAACCAUAUCUCAUCGUUCCUAGUUAAUGUCAAUGAAGGAGAAAAGAGUGUUACAGGCAAGGAUCUCCUGGCAUUGGUACACUCAGCUCUGUCCAAGAAUGUUCCAUCAUUUCAGCCUAAAGGUAGAGAUCUUGAAAGAAAGUACAACAGCUUUUUGUCCAGAAAAUUUCAAGAAAUACCAGAGGAGUUCUCAUUUUGAGAGCUGAAUACCAGGCAUGUACUAUUCUGGGUGUUUCUUUUCCAGAAAAGAAAGAAAGAAAGAAAGAAAAAGGGGUAAAGGACUUGUAUAUCUCUCAGCAUCCAUUAGCUACUUUCUUUCACUUCCAUCGAUGAACUUUUGAUAUUUUCAAAUGGGGUCACAUUAUUUCACCUAAAGACUCCUCAAGUAGAAAAUAUGAAUUCUACAAGAUCUUCCAUUAUAACAGCUGCUCGCAGGUGAUUGAAUGGGGAUAAAGCGUAUGAAACGAGUGCCAGCUUCAUGAAAUGAGUUGGUUAGGGCAUACUCUCCCCAUCUUGGCAAGGAGCAAUAAAUAUUUAGAGCUGGGAAAGACUCGACUCCCUGCAAAAUUGCCCAAUUCAGGAAACGCGUUUUUAUAAUUGCAUUUAUGGCAAAUAUCAGUACUACUAUCUUACGCUAUUAAUUUAUAGACAUUCGUAUCGGACCAUGUUCGCCACAUAUGGAUUAUUCAUUACAAUUAUAAUACAUAACUUUUUAUUUUA